AUGUCUGGGUUCUGUCUUGCCUGUCUUGGCUGUGGUCUGCUCGCUUUUUGCUGUCUUCUCUGGUCUUUCUAUGUUCCCUGGUCGCUCUUCUUGUCUCCUUGCUCGUCUAUCUUCUCGGGCCUUCUUUCAUACUCGGCGGCCCUGGUCUAUCUCGGCGACGGUCUCGGUCGCGCACCGCCACACACCUACUUCAAGCUGCAAGAGAUCGGAUCAGUUAGGGGGCGUCAGUCCCCGAUUCUGAGUCGCCCACACGUCUUACAUUCACAGUGUGCUGAUAUCAUGCCUCUACAAUUGUUCUCUCUUGCCUACAUUUAUCUCUGGUCACAUCUGCUUCAAGAUCUCGAUCAAUGGAAAGCUUUACGUCUUCAGGCCACGACGCCGACUUCACUUGCGCAGGACGACCCUGCAAGAGAUGGGGUCGUCAAUGAGGGGAUGUCAAUCGUUCUGUAUCUCUCGAAAGAUAUCUUGGUCUUGUCUCCUGGCCCUCGCCUGACUAGUCUUGCUGGUCUUGCGCUCUUGUUCUUUGUCGCAUCUCUCUUGCACGCGCCGGAAGAGGGCGAGCAUUCGAGCAUUCGGGAUAUAGCCACGUGUGCUGUGCAAAGUAAGGCGGCGCUUACGGCAUCUGCAUCCACGUCCAAAGCCAUCACCGGGCGCCACUCCAGCGGUGCCAACUUCAACUUGUCCUCGUACAUACACCUCAGGCCUCAAGGCUUCAAAAGCAGCGACGUCUUUUUCAUCGCUCAAAACAAUCCAUGA